CCUGAAUGUCUCUGGAAAAUUCUGUGUCCGUGUUGAAGCGCUUGUCAGAUGAGACACUGAGACAGACAACGUGGACUUGAAGUAAAACCCUUCAACUAAAGCACAUUAUUCUGCUCGGAUAACAAAGAGUGAUUGGUGCACAACUAAUAGCACUCGUCUCAGCUGCAGUUAGCGUGUAUUUUAUUCACAGUAACACUCACAAGUAAGUCAGUAACUAAGGCUCUAUAGCAACGAGGAGCUUAGUUAGCUUUAGCCACUACUAGUGUUUAGUUUAGCAGACAGGAGGGGUUCAAAUCUACUACAUGACAAUGACUGCAGAGGAACAGACAAGUGAAGGACAACACACCAUCCCAAUGGAGGGAGAAGACAUCACACCAAAGAGAGAUGGAGGAGUUUUAAAGCUUGUGAAAAGGGAAGGAACGGGCACAGAGCUGCCUAUGACCGGUGACAAAGUGUUUGUACAUUAUGUUGGCACACUUCUGGAUGGUUCUCAUUUUGACUCAAGCAGAGACAGAGGAGAGAAGUUUUCCUUUGAGUUGGGCAAAGGUCAAGUAAUAAAGGCAUGGGACAUCGGCGUAGCCACUAUGAAAGCAGGGGAGUUGUGCCAGCUCAUCUGUAAGCCAGAGUAUGCUUAUGGAUCUGCAGGUAGUCCACCCAAGAUACCCCCCAAUGCCACUCUUGUUUUUGAGGUGGAACUGUUUGAAUUUCGGGGCGAGGACAUAACUGAUGGAGAGGAUGGAGGGAUCAUCCGUCGCAUUAUCACUAAAGGGCAGGGAUAUUCCAAGCCUAAUGAAGGAGCUUCUGUUGAUGUGACUGUGGAGGGUACCUAUGAGGGACGUGUGUUUGACGAGAGAGAACUGAAGUUUGAGAUUGGAGAUGGAGAGGGUCUUGGCUUGCCAGUUGGAGUGGAGAAAGCUAUGAUGGCUAUGGAGCAGGGAGAGGAAGCACUCUUCAUUAUUAAGCCUAAAUAUGGCUUUGGGAAUGCCGGCAAUGCAAAGUAUAACAUACCUGGUGGAGCAACACUGCAAUACAAAAUCAAGCUGACAGCCUUUGAGAAGGCUAAGGAAUCGUGGGAGAUGAACACGCUGGAGAAGCUGGAACAGAGCGGCAUUGUCAAAGAGAAGGGAACACAAUAUUUUAAGGAGGGAAAAUACAAGCAGGCGUCAGUGCAGUACAAAAGGAUUGUGUCAUGGCUGGAACAUGAAUCUGGUUUGUCAGAGGAGGACGAGAAGAUCGCAAAAGCUUUGCGGCUGGCGGCACAUCUGAACCUGGCCAUGUGCUUCCUUAAACUACAGGAACCAAACCAAGCCCAAGAAAAUUGUGACAAGGCACUGGACUUGGAUGCAUCUAACGAGAAGGCUUUGUUCCGAAGGGGAGAGGCUCUGUUUGGUAUGAAGGAGUUUGACAGGGCAAAAGAUGACUUCCAGCAGGUUGUUCAACUGUAUCCUGCCAACAAGGCUGCCAAGAGCCAGGUGAAUCUUUGUCAGAAACGUAUCAAGGAGCAACAUGAGAAGGACAAACGCAUCUACGCCAACAUGUUCCAGAAGUUUGCAGAUAGGGAUUCAAAGAAGGAGGCAGAGAAGGGGAAGGGUGAGAGCAAGGAGAACGGCGAUGAUAAGAUGGAGGUUGAGAACGGAGAAAAGGAAGUUGCGAGCGAAGCAAAGGCGUAGAUGAAGAUGUGACUAUUUCGGUUCAUCUGUACUUCAGACUUUUGUAACUUCAGCCAUUUGUGUUUAAGGUGCGUGUGUGUGUGUGUGUGCGCGUCUGUGUGUGAGGUGUGUGUGUGUGAGAACGAGCGUGUCAACGAGAGCACUGACUUUGGUAGCGUCUUCGCUGGCUUUCUUUGUGUCCAGGCUUUUUGCUGUGGCAGCUACCCGAGCGGUGGGGGCUUCUCCAGCUGAUGGCACCGUGGGAUGUGGUUUUAAUAAAUGAAUUGUGUGCCACAACCCCACCCCUAAACCCUCUCAACCCACAACUUUGGACUGUCCAUGUGUUUUCACAGCGUUUUGGGUAGGAAAAAAAAAGUGCAUCCAAGUGUUAAGUGCAGAAUUUCACCCGUCAAGGGCUAGACCAUUCACCUUGCACUACCCUCUGUCAUCUACCCCUCCUCACGUUUUAUGCUAUCCAUCUAACACUCCUCAUGGGCCUACUGAUCAAUUCCUGGAGUAGUGAUGGUUGUGUGCAUAGAUAUGAUGUGUCUGAAUGUGAGAGUGACUGUGUCCCAAAGUACGUAUGUAGCAGCACUGUGGAUAGGUGGAGUAAUAAGACGUUAGCCUGGAAUAGCUGUCGAACUUCGAGUUUCUCUCUCAAUCUAAAGAUAGAGCUCCCCUAUAGCCUCCAGGUUACAGGACUGUUCACCUUUACUUUGGAAAUAUUGACUUUGUUCUUCUUUUUUUUUUUCCCAGUGUUGUGCUUGUGACUUCUGUAAUGUUCUCAAAAUGAUGAAUACAACUUAACUGGAAUAUUAUGUGCAUUUUUAAAGCAGCUAUAGUAAGGACAUGAAUUAACUUCUCCUGGACACACUCAAGUAAUAGAACAGUUAGUCUUAAUUUACUGUAAGAAGUACAUGUAUGAACGUGCGCAUGUACAGCUCAUCAGAUUCAGGCUGUUAAAGACGGUACGCCAGAAGAAAAUGUGAGCCCACAGCACCUGUAGAGAGGUGCAGAAGCUGAAUUAGGGGGCUAAUUUAAAAACUGGGCUGUGGGUCGUGUGUUGAGUUUAUCUUUGUCUUUUGGAAGGGUCACUGCCUGGUCUGCCCUGACAGAAGGAUAUAAUAAACGAUAGCUACAACUUGA